AUGUUGCGGUUCCGCAAGGAGGCAAAAGACAACAUGACACUACAGCCUGAGCUUGAAAGGCGUGUUGGUGAAGUCUUGCUGCUGGUGCAGGAGCUUUUACCAUCUGGACUUCAACAAUGGAGGAACCUUAUUUUACCUCUAAUUGAGCAUCCGCGUGGAUUCAUGUCGCCACUUGAUUUGGCCCAAGAGCCAGGGGAGUCGCUAUUUUGGCUCUAUUUUCGACUUGACCUGGCAGCUUCGAUCUCUACAUCCAAAGCACCCGUUAUUUCUUUUCAGUCAUUCCUUCAACGGAAUGGGUCUCCAAUUCAUACAUCCAAAUCCGAAAUGCAAUCGAAUAUCACCGAAUUUUACCAACAUGCCCUGUGUCUCCUAGGACACUGCCUCGCCUUGAUAUAUGGAGGCCCCGUCUCUUCCCUACAAGUCGGCUCUCCAGAAUUAGCGGCUUUUCCAUCUCUUCGACAAUCCCACUUUCUCUCACAGUGGACCUUUCUCUGGUCAGAUUGCCAAAAAUGGUAUAACGAUCGCCCAGUCGAUGCACAGCAGGUAUUGGAUGUCCGAGGCGGCGAAGCAGAUCAGAUAGAUCCGGACCACGACUCAUCAUUCCCGAUUCUGAUCUUUACUACACCUAUGGCGCUGGUCGCCAAUGCUGUUUACCAUAUAACGUCCCUCCUGCUUCUCACACACAAACCACGGCUCCUCAAGUCGCUUCCCGGCCCGAGGUGUUUUACUUCACACAUAUGGCAUGCGCAGGCAAUAGCCGGUAUCGCAGCUAGUAAUGACUCGCCGGAGCAGUGGGACCCCGUACUGGUAGCCAGUCUGUUAUUCAUUGCGAGAGACAUGACACAUGAAUCCCAGCAAGCUGUUUUGCUAGAGCGAUUGAGAAGGAUAACGUCUACUACGGGGAUGAACUUGGAGCUUGAGACGGAUUCGCUGAAAUCGAGAUGGCAAGUUGCGAGAUUUGACGAAGAAUUACAAGAGUAG